AUCUGUUCUUGUGAAUAUAAUGUUGUAUAUAACAUUUUCCCGACAGAAUACAAUCUUAAUAAAAGGUCUUUGUUAGCGUCUCCGUGGGUUGUGGCCAUGAAACUUGUAUGAUUUCACAGGAUCAUAUAUUAUAUAUGAUCCUGUGAAAUAUUAUUUAUACUACACUAUUUAUAGCGCUGAUUCCGGGAGCUAGCGCUUUGUUUUGGCGCGCCAGCCCGCCUGUAAAACGGGCUAACCGCUAACACUCAUCACUGUGAUUUCACAACAAACACUACGACCGUUAUGUCGUCAAUGCUAUGACGCUAUGACGUCGAUGCUCUCUCGAUAUUAGAAUAUUAAUAUAAAUUAUGGAGAUUUGCUGUUCCCUUAAGGCUACUGUUGGCGGAUUCUGUGGCUUUGAUCGUAAAGACUGUACAGUGCGUACACAUGCCACUCAGGUGAUACCUAUACUUUCAUGUAAAAAGGACAUCAGUAGUCACCUACGAUGUUGUAAGUUUUCUGGCCCUCAAAAUGAAGUGGAGUUAAUACUGUCUCGUGCUGGUAUGUUUAAAACACCACAUAGCAUAGAAGAGAUUACUAUUUGUCCAAACCAUCGUUCUGUGCUUGGUGUUGGGUGGAGUCGGGGCUCCAAUACGAGAUGUAGAAUACCAAAAGAGGUAUCUGGACACAAAGGAAAGCUACCCAGGGCAGACAGAGGUGUCGGUAAACGCAUAUCUGAAAUACUUUUAAAUGCCAGUGGGAAACUUAUCCAAGUUGGCUCUGGUGAGUAUCCGCAAAAGUCAGAUAUUCAGUGAUCUGAAUUUUGAAACAUAACCAACACUGAGCACAAAUAUUCUGUACGUUUCAUUUUAGGAAUGUGCACUAAUUGCGAAAAGAAGUUGAAUCGGGAGCUAAAUGAGGAUGUAUCAGAUGUCUUAAUGGAUUUUGAAAAUCUUCACAUUGUGAGUGUGCUAGCUGAUUGACACACGCUGCAUGGGAGCUGUAGAAUACAAGAAAAGCAAGCGUAGGCCUAAAAAAAUACCCGCUGUGGUUCCGGUUCCCGACCGACCCUAUUAUUUUUUCAAUGGAAUUAGCCUUUCUCACGCCGCCAUUUUUCGGUGGCUUUUCAGCCGAAGUCUGUGAGAUAAGUCCACAUAACAGCGACUUUUUAUAGUGUUUUGGACAAAUGAUGAUAAAUUUGCUCGGUAAAUGGUUAGUUUAUUUUAAAAAAUUGCUUUUCACAUUGUUAACGUUUUAAUUGUCUGCAUUGAUUAACGAGAAUUAGAUGGCACCCAAAAAUGGCGGAUAUUCGUCAGGGUGAGAAAGGCCAAUUGACCAUGCGACCCUAUUUUCUUUGCUUGGUUGCGGGCUGCUGCCAAAAUGGCGUCUGUACGUUGUCACACUAAUUGUUGAAAAAACCAUGAAAAAAUUAUUGAAAAAAAAUUAUUUCUGACCUACCGACCCUAAUUUUUUUGUGAUAUGAAACCGGAACCACAGGUAUUUUUUUAGGCCUUAGUGAUUCUAUUGCUUUAUGAGUGCUAUUCAGCUCCAAAAGUAUUUUUAUAAGUAUUUUUGAACUGUGCGUGAGCAUGUCUUUAUCCACUUACACAAACACACGGCUGCCGAGAGGGGGGACAGGGGGGGAAUUUUUUGUUGGGCCCCAGUCCUUUUUUGGGGUGAAAUAUUUCCGCACAUAGGGCAAGAUAUUUGUUUUUGGGGGGCAAAGUACCGAAAUUUGGUAUGAAAAAUUUCCCGAAACAAAAUUUUUCCGGAAAAAUUUUGAAAUAUUGGACCCUAAAAAAUAUUGCCGCGGCCCCGCCAAGCUCUCGGCGGCCCUGCACAAACACAGUAAUCUUACAGUAUAUCAGCCGAUUAGAUAAUCAGCCGUGCGGUUUAUAUUUUGUAAUAGUUGAUGAGUGUGUGCGCUUGAUUUCAAAUAUUUAUUCCAUGGGCUACCUUGAAAGGGUAAUGCGAUCAGAUGUUAGUCGUUGAAAGUAGAUCUGUUCUAUUUAUAGAUGGAUAAAGAAGCAAAGAUUAAGACACAAUUAAAUGUUGCAACUCCAACCACACACACCACUAAAUUACAAGUGGAUACACCUGUCUCCAUUUAUCAACCUUCAGAAGUGCUAUCUAUAUCCUUCACAGAGGAAGAAGAAAAAUUCUGCGAGACUACUGCAAGAGACCACCUAAAUGCAUUUUUAGCUUCACGAGAUGUAAGCCCAAUCUGUCACUCCUUGGUGACGUCAUGGGAUUCAGCGUCAGAGAGAACAAAACGUCUACACACUAGAAAGGCAAGACAAGUCGUCGACGCAUGCCUUGAAGAAAUUGCUCCUCACGACCACCAACAUCUUCUAGAUAUAGUAGUAAAUGACCACAGAGCUUGCAACAAUGUCGAUUCCACCCUAUUGGAAGCACUUACUGAAUGCUACAACAAUGCCAGUCAUUGGAGUACGCACAGACAGAUUCUGUCGAUCAUUGCAGAUAAGGUAUCGUACAAAGAUCUGCAAAAAUGGAUACCAGACAUAUCCAGGUAUCGUUAUAAUAUUGCCAGACAUCGUCGUCUUUUGCAUGGUAGAGGUUCAGUUGUUCCUGUCCAUUCAUCUGCCCGGAUACAUGUUCUACCGGAAAAACUUGACCACUUCCUGUCUUUCAUUGCAAGUGCACAUAUCGUUCAAGAUUUACCUUUUGGAGAGUCCCUUAAACUGUCCUCAAACGUUCAAGUAAAAGUACCAAAUAUCAUCAGAACAAUGAUUCCUGCGCAAAUUGCGAAACAGUACGAAAGUCAUUGCAACGGGUCUGGCUUUUCUCCAAUGAGUAGAAGUACCUUAUGCCGUAUAUUGAAUGUGGGUUCAGCGUCCGUACGAACAUCGCUACAGGGUCUCGACAACUUUUCUGCAGAAGGAGCUAAAGCGUUUGAAGAACUGCAAGAGAUCAAUGAGAAGCUAGGAGAUGAAUGUGGGAAAGGACUCACGUGGGCAAAGAAGCAGAAUGAGAAGUUGAAAAAGGCAAAAAGAUAUCUAAAAACUGAUUACAAGGUAAUGUACCCUUCACACUAAGAUCUUGUCAUAUUCGAUUUGCAUCACUUAAUAAUGAUUUCGAACAAAGCACAGAGGUAUUUAAUAAUCAUUAAUCGGAACUACUGUUUGGUUUUUAAUGACAGGGAUAAUAGAUAGAAUAAUAUUGGAUAUUAAUUAAUAAUAUUGUAAGGGUAACAUUAAACAGCCACAAGUUAGACGAUAAACUACGAGAACAAUAAACAUUUUAUUUCUUAUAAAUUAUAUAUGCUUUACUCCCACCCCCAACCUCCAUCCCACACACAUACACACGACGGAUCGGCUCACUUCAUACGUUUUCUCUCUGGACAGGUUCACAUUUCCCAGGAUUCCUCAGUACCUGAUCACUGUAAGAAGUACACUCUCAGCUGUCCCGGCGACAAAGACUACAUUUCCCAAUGUGAUCCAGACCAUAAAGAACAGUGUGACCAUUGUAAUAUAUUCCCCAAUGUGGUCACUGAGGUAUAAUAGCAAUUUUGUGAAUAUUAUUAGGUAAUUUGAGUUUUAGUGUUUGUCAAGGUUGUGGACAAUUUAUCUGUAAUUAUGAAUCCAACCUUAAGGUAGUAAUGAAAAUGAUGAUGGUCAUCAUGGUGAUCAGGUGAUCACAAUAAUCAUGAUGCUAAUGACAUGUUCUUGAAUGUUUACAUUAAUAGGUGAGUUCAGUGUUAGAAAGUCUUGAGGAUGGAGCUGAAAAAGACCAAAUAAAGUAUCAAUUCGAGCAAUCAAAGAACAAAAUCGGUGCAUGGAAAGCUCAUAUUCUCCGCUCCAUUAAUCAAGACCAAGGAAGGUUAGAUAUCUUAAAAAAUCUUGGUCCACACUCUGCACACUUGGUUCUCGAUUGGGCCAUGAAGUUUCUGCCCAGAAAGUUCCGCGAGGCACAGAGUGAUUGGUUUGGAAAACGUGGUAUCAGCUGGCACAUAACAGUGGCUAUGCAAAGAAGCGAGGAGGGAAAUUUGGAAAUGGUUACUUUUGUACAUCUAUUUGAAAAGUGCACCCAGGUCAGCAGCACAGUGUUAGCCAUCAUUGACAAUGUUUUCCAUCAAAUAAAGUCAAUUGCUCCAGAAAAAACAACCCUCUUUCUCAGACAAGAUAACGCCAGGUGUUACCACUCCGCUGAAGUACUGCUCUCUGUCAACCAAAUCGCUACCAGGCACAACAUGAAGCUAUCCAUGGAUUUCUCUGACCCACAGGGAGGAAAAGGGUCUUGCGACCACAAAGCGGCUACAAUUAAAACCAAAAUGAGAAUUCAUCUCGAUGUCAUGUUGUGCAAAAUGGUGGCAGCCAUAGAAUCACAAGGCGGUGUAUCGGGGGUACGAGUAACGUUGUGUGGCCCACAAAGUGAUGAAGUGCCUUUUCCUGUAAAACGGGAAGGGAUCAGCUUCCUUAACAACAUGAAAUUCAGCAAAGAAGGGGUCAGAGUAUGGAGAGCCUAUGGUAUUGGACCUGGCAAACUUAAGUUAUGGGACGAUUUUAGCGUGCCCAAAGAUUAUCUUCCACCAACAUUCAAAGAUCCCCAUGAAAUGAGCGCCCAUACCGCUUCAGUUUUAUUUACUAACAUCAUGACAAGACGACAAUCCAAAGAAACCACCGUGCCUGAACAGUUUGACUCUGCAGGAGAGGACGCUAUAGAUGAAGACAAUCCACAUGCUGAGAGCUUAUUCUUUUCUUCUGAGGAAGGCUGCGUCAUGUCCUUUCAGGGACAUUCUUCACUUCAAAACUACCUCGCCUGUGGUAAGCACAAGUACGCUCUAGAGUGCGAAACUUUAUUUGAUAAGGCAAUAAUUAUGUACGCAUCAAAGCUUGAACAAGGAGCAACUUGUGAUGUACCACAGAUCUGUGAAGACAUUCCAGUUGACGUUGUAGCUACGCCGAUUCUGAAUAUGGGCUGGGCCCUUAAAAGUACCAAGGAGUACAAACGACUAUCGGAGAAACAAAAGACAUAUUUACCAGAUACUUAUCAAGUCGGUGAGCAGACUGGUCAAAAGGCUGAACCUGUGUCCAUUUCAAGAACGAUGAAGAGGGCAAGGCUCUCCAGUGGCGAGCCUAUAUGUUCACAGCUACCGAAUAUCUGA